AUGGCGGGGAUGAGAGGACUGCUGCUACUGCUGUACAUGUCCCGCUUGUCAUCUGCCAUUUGCGGCAUCCAGAAAGCCGACAUCAAGGACGAUUCCAAGGAGAACCUCGUGGGCAGCAACGAGUUCCCCUGGGUGGUCUCCCUACAGGACCCACAGUACACCCACCUGGCGUUCGGCUGCAUUCUCAGCGAGUUCUGGAUCCUCAGUACUGCCUCCGCUCUCCAGGACAGGAAGAAGGUUAUUGCUGUUGUUGGUAUAGCUAACAUGGAUUCCAGGAAGAUCGAUCACACAGAGUACUCUGUCAAUGCCAUCAUCCCCCAUGAGAACUUUAAUAACAUCUCAAUGAGCAAUAACAUAGCCCUCCUGAGGACAGAAUCUGCCAUACGUUUCGACAACCUGGUCCAGGCCAUCUGCUUCCUGGGCAAAAAGCUACAUAGACAGCCAGUUUUGAAGAACUGCUGGGUGGCAGGAUGGAAUCCCACGUCUGCAACAGGAAAUCACAUGACAAUGAGUAUCCUGAGGAGAAUCUCCGUGAAAGACACUGACCUGUGUCCUUUACAUAGAGACCGGAAAAUAGAAUGUGCCAGUCAUACACAUAAGGAAUACAACGAUAUUUGUCUGGGAGAACCAGGAAGCCCUAUGAUGUGCCAACUCGCAAAGUUUAAUCUCUGGGUCCUGAGAGGACUCCUGACCUAUGGAGGCGAUGUGUGCCCUGGCCUGUUUCUCUAUGCCAACGUGGAAGACUACAGCGACUGGAUCACGGCCAAGGCGAGGAGGGCUGGCCCUUCCCUGUUCUCACUCCACCCCUGGGAGUUGGUUUCUGACUUCUUCAUUGACAAGUCCAAUAUCGCCCUGACAAAGAAUGCGAAUUCUGAACACAGCCAUGCUGCGUGGCCCUACUACCAAGGACAAAGAAUGUCCACGUUGUACGACCAGCCAACAGCUGAUGGGCAGAGCUUGGGGGCAAAUGGGCCUCAGGAAUCAGGCUGGAUUUCAAAGGUGGCUGUUCAACCCAUGUACUAUGAUUACUACGGUGGGGAGGCAGGGGAAGGCGGGGCUGUGGCUGGCCAGAACAGGCUGCAUUGGUCCCAAGAGAGGAUCUUGAUGUCCCUCGUGCUUGUUUUUUUGGGCAGCAGUGUCUAGCUAGGAGCCAACCUAAGCACCAUAGAGAAGGAGCUCAGAGCGCAGGGUGCUAGGCAUCUGCCGUCCUGUUCUGGUAUCUGCUCUUGCUUGUUAGGUGCCACCUGGGCAGCCAUGGGCAGGCCCACGGCAGCACUGGGCUGGCUCUCCCUCCUCUGUCCCACUCCCAUAUGUGGGAAGGUCACUUUCAUUUAUGCUUGUGAACUAAAUGUGGGCUAA